GUCAGAGUGUAAGAACUACAUUUCCACUGCCGCAUACAGGGUUGUGAACCAGCGUGCUGGUAGCCAACCGAUGAUCUCAACUUAGUUUCCUUCCCAGACUCACGGAGAGCCCAAAAAAAUUCCAAUGAUCUGCAUGCACUAAUAAGAUAGUCGAGAAUGUAAGCGUGCUCUCUCGGAGUAUGUCUUGAUGUAUUUUGCGCCAUUGGGCGGAGGCAUCUCAGAGGUAAAGCAACAACCAUGUCGUUUAAACACAAAGGGAAUCGAUUCCCAUUGUAGAUUUGUUGCAGUUCUUCGUGGGCUGGGUCCAGGGGUAUUGUGUGUAGUUUGUACACCCCAGACCGACCAAGAUGUCCACGAAGGAUCAGGAAUAUCCGGAGGCGACCCUGGUUAAGGAAGCCGGACCCCAGUGGGCCCAUGUGGAGAUCGAACGUCUUUCCCGGGAGUUGCGGGAAACCACCCAUGAGAAGAUCCAAGCUGCGGAGUACGGCCUGGCGGUGCUCGAGGAGAAACAACAGCUCAAACAGCGAUAUGACGAGUUGGAGACCGAGUUCGAAACAGUUCGACAAGAACUGGACCACCUAAAGGAGGCCUUCGGACAGGCGCACCACACCCACAGGAAGGUGGCGGCGGAUGGGGAGAGCCGGGAAGAAUCCCUCAUGCUGGAGUCCGCCAGCAAGGAGGCCCAGUACCAGCAGAAGGUCCUGGAGCUGCAGAACGACCUCCGGCAGGCCAAGGCCUCGGUGGCCAGCACGCAGGCCGAGAACGACCGGCUGGUUUCCGUCGCGCUCGAGGCUAAAGAUAGCUCUGAGCAAGUGGAGCUGCAGCGCAUUCAGAUGCGCGAUGACAUCAGGGAGUACAAGAUGCGAGAGGUCCGGUUGCUGCAGGACUACAGCGAGCUGGAGGACGAGAACAUCUCCCUGCAGAAGCAGGUGUCGGUGCUGAGGCAGAGCCAGGUGGAGUUCGAGGGCCUGAAGCACGAGAUCCGGCGGCUGGAGGAGGACUCCCAGUGCCUGCAGAGCCAGCUGGAGGAGGCCGUGCGUCUGCGGGAGAUCGCCGAGCGCCAGCUGGCCGAGGCCCUGGAGACGGUGAAGACGGAGCGCGAGCAGAAGGCCUCGCUGCGCAAGGAGCUCUCCCACUACAUGACCAUCGGCGACUCCCUCUACCAGGGCUCCUGCAACGUGUCCGUGGACAACCUCAAGCUGGCCGACGACCCGUUCGGCGGCGAGGGGGACGGCCGCGACCUGCUCCGGGGCCUGGAGAACGGCCUGGCGUCGCUGUCUAUGUCGACGCCGAGGAAGAAGGGGGAGUUGAUGAAGCCGGCGCCCAGCCUGGUGGACGACCUGCUGAGCGAGCUCAACAUCUCGGAGAUCCAGAAGCUGAAGCAGCAGCUCAUGCAGGUGGAGCGGGAGAAGAUGUCCCUGCUCGGCUCCCUCCAGGACCUGCAGAAGCAGCUGGAGCACGCCCACGGCACCCUGUCGGACCAGCAGGAGACGGUGGGCCGGCUCACGGAGAACCUGGUGGCCAUGCGCAAGCUGCAGGCCACCAAGGAGCGCCACUCGGCCCUGGACAGCGAGAAGGAGCGCGACAGCCGCGAGGCCGGCGACGGCGACUACUACGAGCUGGACAUCAACGGGCCCGAGAUCCUGCAGUGCAAGUACACGCUGGCGGUGUCGGAGACGGGCGAGCUGCGGCAGGAGCUGAAGACGCUCACGGCCGAGUACCAGGCGUGCCGCGGCCGCUACGAGGAGGAGCGCGCCCGGCUGGCGGCGGAGGUGCGGGAGCUGAGCGGCGGCCUGGCCGCCCUGGAGAAGAGCAGCCGCGCCGACCGCGAGGAGGUGCUGCGGCUGGAGAAGGAGCUGCGUCUGGUCAGCGCGGCGGCCGGCGAGUCCCUGGGCAGCCUGAACGUGGCGCAGGACGAGCUGGUGGCCUUCAGCGAGGAGCUGGCCAACCUGUACAACCACGUGUGCAUGUGCAACAACGAGAUGCCCAACCGCGUCAUGCUGGACUACUACCGCGAGGGCCUGGCCAGCGUGCGUGGGCUCGCCGCCGCCGAGGGCAAGGAGCAGCACUGGGCCCCCGUGCUGCUCACCAGGGGGCUGAUCCCCGAGAACGACCCCGCCCACACCGCCACCGCCACCACCACCACCACCGCCGCGCCCGAGGCUAACGGUACCGCCGCCGCGGUGUGCCCCGUCCCCGCGCCGCCGCCGCCGCCUAGCCACGCCCACCGGCCCGAGCCCAUGAACAUCUACAACCUGGUGACCAUCAUCCGCGACCAGAUCCGCCACCUGCAGCAGGCGGUGGACCGCACCACGGAGCUGUCGCGCCAGCGGCUGGCCAGCGCAGAGAUGAACGGCGUGGGGGACCAGGACAGGGACGCCUGGAUGGGGGACAUCCUGAAGCUCAAGUCGCUGCUGAGCACCAAGAGGGAGCAGAUCGCCACGCUGCGGACGGUCCUCAAGGCCAACAAGCAUACAGCUGAGGUGGCGCUGGGAAACCUGAAGAGCAAGUACGACAACGAGAAGGUCAUGGUGACGGAGAACAUGAUGAAGCUCCGCAACGAGCUCAAGGCGCUGAAGGAAGACGCCGCCACCUUCUCCUCGCUGCGCGCCAUGUUUGCGACGAGGUGUGACGAGUACGUGACCCAGCUGGACGACAUGCAGCGGCAGCUGACAGCGGCCGAGGACGAGAAGAAGACCCUCAACUCCCUGCUGCGCAUGGCCAUCCAGCAGAAGCUGGCCCUCACGCAGCGGCUGGAGGACCUGGAGUUCGACCACGAGCAGGCCCGCCGCACGGCCGCCGGCAUCGGCCCCGCCGCCGCCGCCGUCAGGAGCAAGCCCAAGGGGAAGGGGGCGCCGGCGAGCCACCGUGUAAGUCGAAGGCCCGCGCACGCCGCCGCCGCCACCACCGCAGGCUUUAGCGACUAACAUCGGCAUCGGCAUGGUUCCUGUUCUGCGCUCUUCCUUACUCCGCUGGUCCGGUCGGGGCCAUCCCUGCAUCAGCCUGUCGCCCCCGUUUCAUCAUCAACAUGCUUGGGUUGAUAUGCAUUUUUUUCAUUUUCUUUUCUUUUUUUUUUUUGUUACUUGAAAAGACAUGGAUGAGUUUUGCACGAUUCAGACCCCAACUGUUGGCAUGGGAAUGAGCGCUUAGAUCCCCGAUGGUAUUUACUGCCUGUGGCUGGCUGCUAGACGAUCUAAACGGAUGUUGCUUAUUGUUUUAUUACUAAUUAACUAAUAUUUAGUUAAGGUCCAGGCAGAAUCCUGAACCCAAAACAUACAGGACAAAAUGGUUUUCCUUUUGGAUAGAAUUUACAUUAUGACAUUAUUGCUGUAAUAUUAUUGAGAUUUAGAUUUUCUUCAGUAUAGAGUAGUUCUCGAUUCCAAUCAAAGUGCCAGCGUAAUGUUUCCAGUGAAUGGGACUCAAGGGGCUGAGUCACACACUGUUCCAUGGUGUCACGUGACUUUAAUGUUAUUCACAGGAAGUUCAACAAAGCUUUUCUGUCGUUUAAGACGGUGGAUUGUCAUUGGAGCAAAAGCUAGUUUGAGUCUACCGAGGAACCAAGCAUUUGUUGUUAAUCAGGGACUUUUACACAGUUCUAUUUUGCAUUUUGCUGCAAAACUUGAAAUUAAUCAAUGGCGUUGUAGUGUGUUAUCGGAAUGCCAAUAGAUACUUAGUCGUUUCAGCUUCUCGCAUGCAAAGAGAAACGCGCCUUGACUCAAUCAUCCUAUGGAAUGUCUCCGUCUUUGUAAUGCAUCGGUGUUGUCAACGGCUACAGUUGCCAUUGGCAACCGCUGUCAAAAGCAUCAAGGCAACCUGCCACAUGACUUGCUCCAAGUGUGUGGCGCUGUGAAAAUCCAACGUCAAGCCAGUUAUGAUCCCUCCCAUGAGAGCCACAGCUGCUGGAGCUCAUCUACAUUUAUUUUUUUUUCCCCCCUUUGUCACUUUGUUUAACAUUUCAUUCCUCACUUCACUCGGGACACCUCGUCACCCCCUCUUUAAGAGAACCGUGCACGGUGGCUUCGGGGCGUCGUGAGUCUCCCCGCCCCCCCCCCUGCAGACCCCACCACUGCACACCUAACCACCUCGUAAGCUCCAUCCCACUAAUGCAUCACCCACCUCCACACUCAUUCAACUUCUCCUCCCAGACGGGCGGAUGGAUGACUCGGUUGACCUUGUCUUGUUGUUUCAUCUCUCCCGUUUGCAGUAAAUGACUUGAAGGGCCAACGUCACUAUGGAGGUCCGGCGUCAGCGGGCGCGCGUGUGCGUGUGUGUGUGUGUGUGUGUGUGUGUGUGUGUGUCGAACAUGCCCACGCCCAUGGUGUCUGCGGGGAUGUAACCUGGAGGUAAAGACAAAGGCAGUGGUCAAGACACAUGUCAGAGAGGGGGGGGGGGGGGGGGGGGGGGGCUACGCCGGAGUUAGCCCCUCUCACCCGGUCGCUGCGCUCGUGCUUGUCAUUGUAGCACACCUGUAAAUGUAAAUGAACCCCCCCCCCCUGAAUCCCCCAAUUCCAAACGUUUCACUCCCAGCGGCAUGACCGGCAGUCUCGGUGUAUGUUGUACUCCCUUCCUUUCUAAAGCACACGACGACUCCGUGUUAGUGCGUCCGAAGGAGGCUCACCACACCUGCAUGUCCUGCGUUUCAUACUUUGCUGACGAAGCACUUUGUCCUGUGUGCCUUGGGCUGUCUCAGAGAUACUCAUGUUCAUUAUUAUUUUGUAUUAGCAUCAAUGUGUUUUAUUGUUAACAUUUCUGCCCUGGCUAGCGACAUGGAGGGGAUAAAGAAUAUAUCUAAGUAACACCACAAUGGCUUUUCCAUAUUUAUUUUUUAAAGUUUAUUUUGUACAAAGAAAUGGUUGAUUUAUUUUGAACGGGGCUGAUGAACCAUGGAACCUGUGCUGUUUUAAAGGUAUCUUCCAGAAAGAUUCUGACACAACGAAUCAAGGGAUUAAUUUGGAUUUCAAUGUCCACCCUUCUCAGUUAUUUACCUUUUUAGCCUUUGAUUUAGGUGUGCCUUUUUGGACUAUUUCUUUCCAGGAAGAAGAAAAGAGUACAGAUGUGAUGUAACGCAAGGGUGCGAAUACAAUUUCAGGGUCUUAACCAGCUUCUGUUCAAUAAGACACUUAGUAUUUUGCCUUAAAGACACAUUGUUCUUCGAAGGUAUUGUUAAGUAUGUGUGAUGGGACUUAGGAAAAGAAUAAUGCAAAAUGUAUAUUUAUAUAUGCAAGCUUUAUAAUUUAAAGUCAUGUGAUUAAGUUAAUAUUCGUCAUCAAUGCUAAGUCAUAAAGAAAUGCUAAUAAUGUUUUUGUUUUACUGCAAUGUUAAAAUCUACUACAAUGCCAAGCAAUUAUGGAAGAUAAAAGCAUCUUCAUAAGCAUGCAGUGCCAUUUUUUGUCAGUUUUUUUUAUAAAGUGCAAUUUAUAUCAAGAAUUUAUUAAUAGUUUGUGCCAUUUAAACCAUUGUACGUUUUCGCUCACAUUUGCUCACCUAACUAAGUUGUAUAUGUUUUUAUUUUAACCUUUCAAGUAUCUUAUUUAUUUAAUACAAUGUCAAACUGUUACAAGUAUUGGUGCCUUUUGUUUCAAUGAAGACUUGGGUUUGAUGCUUGGUGAAAUAUUCAACAUACAAUAACUGUGGUAACACGCUGCUAUGGUAAAUGCCUUAGCUGGUGUCCCUGCUUAGUUAUAGUUUAUAACUAAUGCAAAUAAAUAAAUCUCACUGUUCAAGA